GUCGGUGCCCCAAACCUCGAUUCAAUAUACUAGCUUCCUUCCCUCACGAUUUUGUUUGUGUAGACUGAUUUUCUUACAACAUUUAAAGGAUUUAGAAGAUCGUAGGUCGUUCGAUCCGGUAUUAUUUUGCAAUAUUUGCUUUUAAAUAUGGAGUGCCAUCUACUACUGUUUUUAUCUAUGCUGUUGUUUGCGUCUAUCAUAUCUAUUCAAGGACACCGACAGAAGCGAAAUUUAUUUCAACUAGCAGAGAUGAUUUCAGAGGUGGACAAGCACAACGCCCUGACGGCUUAUAACGACUACGGCUGCUACUGUGGAUGGGGAGGGCGGGGCUCACCCGUGGAUGGGAUUGACGCAUGCUGCCAGGUCCACGAUAACUGUUACGGAAAUAUAACAGCCAAAAUCGAAGGCUGUUCUCCAAAGUGGGAUAGUUACACAUAUCAGGUGUUACCCGGCCAGAAGGCACCUCUUCCUCGUCUCGUCCAUUGUGGAGAUAAAAAUAAUAAACAUUUCGCCAAGGACGCACAGAAUAACUAUUUGCUCAAUGGGAAAGAUUACGAAUACUGUCGUCUUGAGAUCUGCAAGUGCGACAAGGGCCUUACGGAAUGUCUAGAAAAAUUCAAAUUUACUGGAAAGAAAUCAUGUCCGAGUAAAUGAAGAAGUUAGCUUGCAGAAUGUUAGUUUUUUUAAUUGAGUGAACUUGUUGCGUGCUUGUGGUAAUGAUAACCCCAUCUGAAUACAUGUAGUGUGGAUUCCUCCUUUACGUUUGGUUGUGUUGUUAGAAUAUAACUCGAUUUGUAAAAAUUACCUCUUUUAUAAGUCCCACUCCCUCGAGUUUGUGCUGUUUUCAGUCAGUUGUGAUGCUUUGGACUUUUACUGCACAUUUUAGUUUAUAGUUGAUAGUAAAAAAUAUCAAGGAGGAGGGGUAUUAAAAUGGUUCCGAGUGGAGGAACAAAAACAAGUAAAGCAAACCAAUUAAAAUUUUCACAGACUUGUAAAGGCAAUGUGAUGUUACACCACACCGGUAAAUAUUUAAAUUUGUCCAGAAACCCUUUGUGUCUUACUAACCGUACGUCGAUCAUAUUUUCCAUUGAAAACUUGACAAAUCCUUUUACGUGCUCGAUUUUUAUAGACAAGAUCUGUUAGCCGGUUCUUGGAUGUACAGAUAGUGUAUAUACAUUGUACAUAGUUGAUGAUAUUUGAUUGACAUACUGCUUUAGACAUUCCGUAAGUUACUAUAGUGAUUUAUGAGAUACAUAUGUACCUUUGUAUGUACGUGUACAAUGUAUGCUGAACUUUCAUGCCUGAUUCUCAGAAUAUAUGCAGAUCUUCCAUUGUUGUUUAUAUGUAUUUAUACAAUGUAUUUUGAUACUCGUGAUAUUUAAAUGGUUUACACUGCAGGUAUUUUAAUGUACUAGUAUUUUUAUGUCUUUAUAGUGUACCGGUAAUUUUGAUUGUAAGUCUAAGUAAAUUGGGUGUUGCUGAAAAGAAAUAAAUAUUUAAAAUAA